AUGACAGAGACCCAAGAAAGGAGGAAGAGAGGUAGACCGCCGCUCUUGAAAGAAUAUGCAGACCCCAUGAAAAGUCCUAUGGCGUUUUCGUCACUGCAAAUGCAAAAGGUCACCGCCGCUACGUUCACCAAACCGUUGAUGAAAGUCUCUGUGCUGGGGAACAAGGCUGCGCCGUCGCCCAAGAAAAGACGUAAAAACAGCACCGCUAGCGACUCCUCAUCGCCCGGGUCAGUCAAGAAAAAUCGCUACCGCGGGGUCAUUCUGGCCACUCCCGUCAAACAGCAGCGGUUCCAACAGGGAUCUUCGCCCUUAACUCCUGGAGACAAUGUUUUCUCUUCGGAGCCUAGGCGACAUCCGAUUAGAAGCUCCCCGCUGGAGCCAGAAUGCCAAAUUUCUGACACCCCGCCGUCAUUAUCGCCAAACGGCCGCAAAGCUCACAGUCUUGACCAGACCAAAUUCAACUUUUCUUUAUGCGUUGGGAAUGACGGCAAAGCUAGGAUUGACGGGUCCCCGGCUGUUCUAACAAAACAUUCGCAUUCAGCGGGGUCUUCUGCUGGCCAAAAGUCGCCUUUGACCGGCUUCGAUAAAUCCAUUGUGCUGGGACUUCUGAAGAAAAUGAAAAGUAACCGUAAGGAGUUGUCGCCCAGCAGAAAGACUUCUGUCAUUCGUCCAAGUGAGGUUUUCACCAACUUUCAACCCUCGUCGCCUAAACAGACGUCUAACUCACAACCAACACUUCCGUGGACUCCAAAUUGCACUGCCGUAUUUCAGCUGAGGACUGGAUUCACUCCCAAUAAUGCCAUAGAUGAGGUAUUGGGUCCGAACUCCAAACACCCAGAGUCUCUUUCUCACAAAUCAUUUGCUUCACGGUCGGACAGCGCAGUAUUUAAGUUCUCGUCCGGGGAUCCUUUACUAAUGAACGAUGAUCCAAAUACUGAGUUUUUCGUUUCCCACCAACCGACGAAUCCUUCAGCGGAGUUUUUUUUUCAACAGCUUCUAUCCUCACCUAGGAAGCCUUUAACGUACGCUAACGCACCGCCCUCCUUACUAACUGGAGGAACCUCUAAAUUCUUGUCCAAGCAGGACACGCACAAUCGUGCCAUUGCUAACUCGCACGUGAAUGAGGCUCAAAAGGUCCCGCGUGGGAAAUAUAACAUUCCAACUACGCCGAUCGCGGAAGGUAACUUCGAAAGUUCUAUGUCCAUUCAAUGUACUCCCCUAAUACAACAAACAAUGACAGGAUCUUUGAACAAACUUUUAGUUGAUUCCUUCGGUCAAGGUGUUACACUAGAUACGUCACCACCAAAGCCUUUAGAACAAGACGAUGCAAGGUUGGCACUUCGAAAAUUGAUUGGCGGGUCCAAUUAA